AAUGGAGAUGUAACAUACUUUCUCGACAUGAAUGCCGAUGAGGGUCCUUCUGAUACUAAUGUCGGGUGGGCUAUGUUAACAUAUAGUCACAGUGAAGCGAAAAGGGGAGAAAAAAGUAUUUCAAAUCCUGUUUGGGUGUGUAUCAUUGUCCGGCCCCUGGGUGUAUGUGUCACAGUAGACCAAAGCUUCCUCGAGCUGGAAGAAAGAAACAUUGUCUGCCAUUACCUGAAACAAAGACUUGUCCCCUGCACUAAGUCCAGCUCGCCCAUGUGCCCUGCAUGGCUACGUUGUCCAUAGCAUUCUCUCCUCACGACGCCACAGAACCAAAAAAGGCAGAGCUAUACCACCAAGGUGUACACGAUCAUAUCAAACCCCACUUUUGGAAGCCUGAUUUAAAGUCGUUGAAGAAACUGAAAGAUAUCAUCGCCGUAAACCCAGCCUCCAAACCAAAGAAUCUUCUAGUCGGCACUAUUGAUCGCCCUUCUGUCGCAAAUAUUCACCCUUCCCUUGGGAAUCUCAAUACAGUUGGUUAUUAUAGGAGAUCAUUCUUAAAAAACAACGACCUUUCACUAGGGGACAUUUUCAAGCUGGAGGAAUCAGUUAAGGAACGUUUCUUUAGCUCCACAAGCCUUUCAUCAAAGGAUGCACAUAUCACCAUCCAAACUAGCUUCAUGAAGGAACAACAGUGCCAGUGGAUUGAUACUGGCUUUCAAAGUGAUUCAAUCCAUGGAUUUGUAGUAGACACGAAAUUCCAAGACAUUAACGUUACGUUCACGUCAGGAAAAUGCAAGAUUCUGAAUAGGAACGUACCAAUAGCCAUAUCGAUAAUGUUUGAUAUCGCAAGAGCACUACAAGAAGCACUUUUUGGUUUUUCUGAAAUCCUUUGCAUACAAAACUUUUGACGAUUUCAAAGAACACUUUCCUGGAAUGACCUGCGAUUUGUCGGAGGCCGAAAGAA